AUGGACAAAGCUGUGGAUACCUCUUAUCGCAUCCUCGACCUCCCGUUCGGGGCAGGCGAGCCUGAGAUCCAGAAGGCUUUCAAGUCCAAGGCAUUGCAACACCAUCCGGACAAGGGUGGUUCAGCCUCAGCGUUUCAGCGGAUUCAAGAUGCCAGGAAUGUUCUCCUCUGCGACCUCAAUGGCCCAUCAAUCCCAUCAAACGCAUGCUGUAGCAAGGAGGAGCGGCAAGAAGUUAGCAAGGCCAGAGCUGCAACACGUGCAGCUCAGCGGGAAGGAUUUGAGACGGCUCCGGCUGCAGGCAACAAGCCUGGAACACACAAGUUCAGGAGCAAGGAAAAGCUUCGAUCAGAACGCGUCGCGCAGCAAGCGUUCUUGGUGCAAAAAGCUGAGAAGGCAAAGCAGGCAAACAAGCAAUGCAAGGGCAGUAAGCUUAGGUCGAGCCAAGACCACAAACAAGCCAGCGCCCCGCCCUCGAAAAGCGAUAACAGCCCGACUCUUCAUGUCAAUGAACCUGUUGACCAGAGCCUCGUCCCUUCAAGAGUCAUUUCUGUUGCAUGGGCGCCACAGGGGGAUCUUAUUAAUUUCAUGGGUCUUUUUCGAUAUGGCAAUUAUCCUCAAAGGCACCCCUCAAAUCACGUCAUAAGCCUUCUACACCUGGAUGUUUCCAAGGGUACCCCCUUUUGUUGGGGCUCCGCGUGGGUGGGGUGCUGGGGGCAGAGCCCGAGCAUGUUGCCCAGAUGGACAGAUCCCCUGAAUGAGCCGUUAGCCCAGGGCUUCCCUGAGAAUACCACUUGGGCGUCCAACACCUGGCUUGGAUGGUUCCUUUGCUGUGCCUUUGCAGGCCGUCAUGAAGGGUGGCAAUGA